AUGACUUGUGGUGCGAUGAAGGCUGUCUUGGCUGCGAUCGCAGUGAUCGGAUUCUUUUCGUUCCAAGUCCCGGGUUGUCAAGCCCAGCUCUUAGAACAGAAUUGCACAGGUGUACCCAAGAUAUCCUUUAGAAUCGUGGAUGGCACCACUGCGAAACUUGGCAAAUAUCCCUGGAUGGCCCUCGUGAGCACGAAAACCCACUUCAUUUGCGCUGGAUCCCUCAUCAGUCACUGGUUUGUUCUGACUGCCGCACAUUGCUUCGAACAUGAUCCAUUGACUUAUGUUGUUCGCCUGGGCGAGCACGACAGGGACAGCCCAGUGGACUGCUGGAAUGACAGGUGCCAGAACUACGAGGAGUACAAUGUGGACAUGUCCUUCCAACACAAGUACUACAAUAAAAUAAACCAGGUGUUCGACAUCGGAUUACUGAGGCUUGCGAGGAAGGUGGAGUUCCAUGCUCACAUACAGCCCAUCUGCAUUUUCACGUCCAGCCAAAUGAAGUCGACUGUGGACGGGAUGACCUGGUUCAUGGCCGCCGGCUGGGGACGGACUUCCGGAGAAGAGGGCAGCCUGACGAGCCGCGUUCUCCAGGAACUGAAGAUCAACCGCCGACCGAAGGAAGAUUGCAUCAGGGAGUUUGCCCAGAACUUGACUCCCGAACAGAUCUGUGUCGGCAACACGAACAGUAAUCUCUGCAAUGGCGACUCCGGAGGUCCACAGUUCCGACAGUUGGUGUACGAAGAUAAGGUGCGCUACUUCCAGCUUGGAAUCGCCAGCUACACGAAAGAAGGCUGCAAAGAUGUGAGCAUCCUUACGGAUGUCGUGAGCUACGGUGAAUGGAUCCAGGAUGUGGUCCAAGCCUAUACACCCUGGGAGCAGCGGAGAAAUUGGUUUAUAUGGGAUAAGUGCAGUAAAUAAAUACAUAUAUUAUCGUUGAAACCAUUUUAUUCCUCACUGUUUAAUAAAGUUGC